AUGAACAUGAUCUACCCGAUCCAGAGUCACCUUCUGACCAGCAUGCAGAUGAAUCAGACCAAGAGAACAGGCAGAGAGAGUGACUUUGCACUGCUAAAGAAGGGACUGGACAGUUUACUGGGGCCACACACUCAUCUCACAGAGGAGUAUAAAUAUCACAUUCUGCUAGAUCAUUUAGAGCAUCCCUGUGCUGUGCAGGUAGCCAGGCGCUACAUUCAUGACCACACCCCCUACAGCAGUGCGAUGAGAGCGCUGCUGCAAAGGCCCUCAUUUGUUUUCCCCGGCCUGCGCUCCGUCCCUCGCCCGCUCCGUGCCUCGGUCCGCGCUGUCAUCUUGGCUUCGGGCGGCGGAGUUUCACACGUGCCCCCGGGGGUCUGUCUCUGUCACACCCUCACGCCACGCAAUUACCCAGGAGGAGGAGGAUCUGUGAUUAUUCAGCAGGAGGAGGAGGAUCCUGUGAUUAUUCAGCAGGAGGAGGAGGAUCCUGUGAUUAUUCAGCAGGAGGAGGAGGAUCCUGUGAUUAUUCAGCAGGAGGAGGAGGAUCCUGUGAUUAUUCAGCAGGAGGAGGAGGAUCCUGUGAUUAUUCAGCAGGAGGAGGAGGAUCCUGUGAUUAUUCAGCAGGAGGAGGAUCCUGUGAUUAUUCAGCAGGAGGAGGAGGAUCUGUGA